GCAGGCAUUAGAUUAAGAAGAAACAUAUCGAGGGAAACACUGCCACAAAGGAAACUACUCAAGGAGACUCUGCUGAGAUCAUUCAACAUCUUCCAGCAACAGAGAAGCUCAUCACUUAAAGAACUCUAGAAAAACAAUCAAAAUGUCAUCAGCAAAGGGAGUAUCUAUUGGCAUUGAUCUGGGCACCACCUAUUCUUGUGUGGGGGUUUUCCAGCAUGGCAAAGUGGAGAUAAUCGCCAACGAUCAGGGCAACAGGACCACCCCCAGUUACGUGGCCUUUACCGACACAGAAAGGCUCAUUGGAGACGCUGCCAAAAACCAAGUUGCCAUGAACCCCACCAACACAAUCUUUGACGCCAAACGACUGAUCGGAAGGAAGUUUAACGAUUCCAUUGUCCAGUCUGACAUGAAACUCUGGCCUUUCAAGGUGAUCAACGAUAAUGGAAAGCCCAAAGUCCAGGUGGAGUACAAAGGAGAGAUCAAAGCCUUUUACCCAGAGGAAAUUUCCUCCAUGGUCUUGGUUAAAAUGAAGGAGAUCGCUGAAGCCUACCUGGGACAGAGGGUGUCAAACGCAGUCAUCACAGUCCCAGCUUAUUUCAACGACUCCCAGAGGCAAGCCACCAAAGACGCUGGAGUGAUCUCUGGACUGAACAUUCUCAGGAUCAUCAACGAGCCCACAGCAGCAGCCAUCGCCUAUGGCCUGGAUAAAGGUAAAAAACGGGAGCGCAAUGUGCUCAUCUUUGAUCUUGGUGGAGGCACCUUCGACGUUUCCAUCCUGACUAUCGAGGACGGCAUCUUUGAGGUUAAAGCCACUGCAGGAGACACACACCUUGGUGGAGAGGACUUUGACAACAGGAUGGUCAACCACUUUGUAGAGGAAUUUAAGAGAAAACACAAGAAGGACAUCAGCCAAAACAAGCGAGCAGUGAGGAGACUGCGUACAGCUUGUGAGAGAGCAAAGAGGACCUUGUCCUCCAGCAGCCAAGCCAGCCUUGAGAUCGACUCUCUGUUUGAGGGUAUUGACUUCUACACCUCAAUCACAAGGGCUCGAUUCGAGGAGCUAAACUCAGAGCUCUUUAGGGGAACACUGGAGCCAGUCGAGAAGGCCCUGCAGGAUUCCAAGAUGGAUAAGUCCAAGAUCCAUGAAAUUGUCCUGGUUGGUGGCUCCACAAGAAUUCCCAAAAUCCAGAAGCUCUUGCAGGACUUUUUUAAUGGCAGAGAACUUAACAAAAGUAUUAAUCCAGAUGAAGCCGUGGCUUACGGUGCAGCAGUCCAGGCUGCUAUCCUCAUGGGCGACACUUCAGAGAACGUCCAAGAUUUGCUGCUGCUGGACGUAGCUCCCUUGUCUCUGGGCAUUGAGACUGCAGGUGGAGUUAUGACUCCUCUAAUCAAACGAAACACCACCAUCCCCUCCAAGCAGACCCAGAUCUUUUCCACAUAUUCGGACAAUCAGCCAGGUGUGCUGAUUCAGGUGUAUGAGGGUGAGAGAGCCAUGACCAAGGACAACAACCUCUUGGGCAAGUUUGAGCUCACAGGUAUCCCUCCUGCUCCCCGAGGUGUACCACAGGUGGAGGUCACAUUCGACAUCGAUGCCAAUGGCAUUCUGAAUGUGUCCGCCAUCGACAAAAGCACCGGCAAAGAAAACAAAAUCACCAUCACCAACGACAAAGGCCGCCUCAGCAAAGAGGAGAUAGAGCGGAUGGUGCAGGACUCGGAAAAGUACAAGGCCGAGGACGACAUGCAGAGAGAGAAGAUUGCAGCAAAGAACUCGCUUGAGUCAUACGCCUACCACAUGAAGAGCAGUGUCGAGGACGAGAAUAUGAAAGGAAAGAUUAGCGAGGAGGACAAAAAGAAGGUCAUUGACAAGUGCAACCAGACGAUCUCCUGGCUGGAGAGCAACCAGCUGGCAGAGAAAGACGAAUACGAGCAUCAGCAGAACGAACUAGAGAAGGUGUGUAAGCCAGUUGUGACCAAGUUGUACCAGGGAGCGGCACCAUCAGGAGGUUGUGGCAGCCAGGCAGGAGGCAGCUCCAAGGGCCCCACUAUUGAGGAAGUGGACUAAAACCACAGGCAUUUAAAGGAAUACUUUGGCCAUAUCACUGUUGUUUGGUACCACAAAUGAUGUACUAUCACUGUUCAUUUAUUGAUUUGUCAUAAUAAAAAAAUACUUUAAAAAAUA